UCGAACGAUCUUUUCCGGGUCGAAAAAUUAACGCAUCCAUGAACGUGAGCUAGCAGGCCCGAAUUCUUCAUUAAAACCCCAAAGAAAAUUUAAUCGGACAUUUAAACAGGCGCAGUACAGGACAUUGUAGCGUGUCGUUCGGUAACCUUAUGACACAGCAAUGCCGGGGCUCAGCUGUCGAUUUUACCAACACCGGUUCCCAGAGGUGGAGGAUGUUGUAAUGGUGAACGUGAGAUCCAUUGCUGAGAUGGGAGCCUAUGUCAGCCUUCUGGAAUACAACAACAUUGAGGGCAUGAUCCUCCUGAGUGAGCUGUCACGUCGACGUAUCCGCUCCAUUAACAAGCUCAUCCGCAUAGGCCGCAACGAGUGUGUGGUUGUCAUCCGAGUAGACAAAGAAAAGGGAUACAUUGAUUUAUCUAAAAGAAGAGUUUCACCAGAGGAGGCCAUCAAGUGUGAAGAUAAAUUCACCAAAUCUAAAACUGUGUACAGCAUUCUGCGGCACGUUGCAGAGGUGCUGGAUUACAGUAAAGACGAGCAGCUAGAGAGCUUGUAUCAGCGCACUGCCUGGGUCUUUGAUGAGAAAUACAAGCGGCCAGGAUACGGCGCUUAUGAUGUCUUCAAACAGGCUGUAUCAGAUCCUGCCAUUCUGGAUGGCCUGGAUUUAACAGAGGAAGAGAGGAGUGUGCUGAUAGACAACAUCAACAGGCGACUCACUCCACAGGCUGUCAAAAUCAGAGCAGACAUUGAAGUGGCGUGCUAUGGGUAUGAGGGGAUUGAUGCAGUGAAGGAAGCUUUGAGGGCCGGACUCGGCUGUUCCACAGAGGCCAUGCCCAUCAAGAUCAACCUGAUCGCUCCCCCUCGCUAUGUGAUGACAACCACCACCCUGGAGCGCACAGAGGGCCUAUCUGUCCUAAACCAGGCAAUGGCUGCUAUCAAGGAGAAGAUUGAGGAGAAAAGAGGCGUCUUUAACAUCCAGAUGGAGCCCAAGGUGGUGACAGACACAGAUGAGACAGAACUCGCCCGGCAACUGGAGAGGUUAGAGCGGGAGAAUGCCGAGGUGGACGGAGAUGACGACGCCGAGGAAAUGGAGGCCAAAGCAGAGGACUAGAAUCAGCCCUUGGAUGAAUGCUGGUGGGGGAAAAACAUCAAACAAGAAAACAUGGACAGACCUGGCCACAGUCACUCAGUUUUACAGCUGUUAACUUUCACAUUGCAAACAUUAACUGGUGUUACUAGUUUAUUGGCAAACAUCCUGGUUUGUUCAUUAGCAAGGUUGUCUCAGAAGAAGGUAACUUACACAUCUGUCUUAACUGGGCAUGGACACAAGGAUGAUUAAAUCACAAUAUAUACAACAGUAUAGUUUCUAUUUGUAAGUACCCCAAUUUCAAUAAGUAACAGAAGCUGUUUACAAGCAGUGGCUUUCACUUGCCAUUGCUUAAGAGCCUAGUGUCUUCAGUAUCCAUGGCAUUUCAUGUCUGGCUGGGCACUGGAUGUGACUGACUAAAGGGGAAAUGCAUUGGCUUGUCUGUCUACGCCUGUCAGUGGUGACUUAAUUUGCUGAUUCUCUUCCAAUUGAAGGGUUUUUACUAGUAAGACCUGCCCUUGUUAGGUUACUUGGCAUCAAUAAAGUUCUGAAAGUUUUAAACUCAA